GAGAGAGAGAGAGAGUGUGUGUGUGAGAGAGAGAGAGAGAGAGAGAGGGAGAGAGGAGACCGAUGGGUGACUCUUUUUGGGGAUUGAAGUAGGCAAAGCCGGCGACUAUACUUUACCGAGAAACACAGCCGAAGAAAAAGAAGCCCAACAAAUUUCAAAUUCUGAAAAAAAAAGAGGAAAAAAAAACAAAAAGCCUUGAGAAGAACACAAAUCUCUCCUACUCUCCCAUUCCAAUCCCAUCAAUCAAAACUCUUUUCAAUUUCAAAUGCCUCUCUUUCUCUUCCUUAUUUAUACAUAAAUAUGCCUUUCAACACUUCUGAAGAACACAAAUCUCUCCCACUCUUUCGUUUCUCUAUUUGAUUAUAUACGUCAGAGUUCAGUAUGCGUGGUACUGCAAAGAAAUUAUCUUCUGAGGACUCUGGUAAACCAUCUCAUUCCAGUGCAGAAACCGAACCGAAUCUAAUUGCAUCACUAAAACUUAAAAAGUGUAGUAAGGUGUAUCGUAGCAUAAAGAAUAAACAAAGACUGAAGCCUCGUGUAAAGUCGACUGGUUCGCCUUUGUCAAAGAAGAAAAAUGGGGACUCUCCAAAUAGGGGAACUGGAAAUAGUAAUAUAAGUAGAAAAUUGAUGGCAAAAAGAGUUCUGAGUAAGAAAAAACUUGGCACGAAGUCUUCGAAGAAACUUUCUCCGUCGAAGCUUCAAGGCGAAAAGGUUCAGCCAAGUGGCGAUGAAGGGGUUGGAGAGAAUGAAAACAGGGAUGAUAGCAUUGAAAGAGUGAAAAAGAGGAGAAGGUGGAAAAAGAAGAAGGUUAAUGCGGAACUUGACGAACCUUCUCGCUUGCAGAGGAGAACGAGGUACCUUAUGAUUAAAAUGAAGCUGGAGCAGAACCUUAUUGAUGCUUAUUCUGGUGAAGGUUGGAAAGGGCAGAGCCGAGAAAAGAUUCGACCAGAAAAGGAACUUCAAAGGGCCAAGAAGCAGAUUUUGAAGUGUAAGCUUGGUAUCCGAGAUGCCAUUCGACAAUUGGAUAUGCUUAGUUCAGUUGGAAGCAUCGAAGAUUCUGUCAUGGCUCCAGAUGGAUCUGUGUACCAUGAACAUAUAUUUUGUGCAAAGUGCAAGUCCCGUGAAGCCUUCCCCGAUAAUGAUAUUAUACUCUGUGAUGGGGCAUGCAAUUCGGCUUUCCACCAAAAAUGUCUUGACCCUCCAUUGGAUACUGAGAAUAUUCCCCCUGGAGAUCAAGGAUGGUUUUGCAGAUUUUGCGACUGCAGAAUGGAAAUUUUGGAAGCAUUGAAUGCUCAUCUUGGCACGCUCUUUACCAUGAAUAAUAGUUGGGAGGAUGUUUUCAAGGAAGAAGCUGCCUUACCAGAAGAUGGAAAUGCAGCACUAAAUGCUGAUGAUGAAUGGCCUUCAGAUGAUUCUGCGGAUGAUGAUUAUGAUCCACAGAGGGGAGAAAAUAGCAGCAGCAUUGGUGGUGCUGAGACUGAUGACAAUGCAUCAGACGAUGAAUAUCCAUCUAAUGGUAGUGUGGGAUCUGAUGACUCGUCAGAUGCAGAAAUAUUAUGCGGUCGCAGGCAGCGAAGAGAAGUUGAUUAUAGGAAGUUGUAUGAUGAAAUGUUCGGGAAGGAUGCUCCUCCAUACGAGCAAAUGAGUGAAGACGAAGACUGGGGCCCUUCCAAAAGAAAACGAAGAGAAAAGGAGUCUGAUGCAGCUACUACCCUUAUGACUCUUCACGAAAGUGAGAAAAAGAGUUUGGAUGGCGACAUUGACGAAGAGAGAACAAAACUUCGCCAUGACACACAAAAUAAAAGAUCAUUUUUCAGAAUUCCUCGAAAUGCUGUAGAGAGGCUUCGUGAAGCGUUUGCUGAGAACGAACUUCCAUCCAGAGAUGUGAAAGAAAAACUUUCAAAGGAAUUAGGCCUCGACUCUGAGAAGGUUAGCAAAUGGUUCAAAAAUGCGCGUUAUUUAGCUUUGAAAACCAGAAAGGCAGAGAAGGAAAAAGAGCUUCCCACUUCCACUGCGAGCAUCUCCAAGGAUUCCAAAUGUGAAAACAUGAUGAAGGAAGACGCCGAUCUUAUCAUGUCAGACAACACCUCAACAGAAACCGUGGUUUAUGUUGCAAAAAAUGUUCGAAAGACUAGUCAGAGAAAGCGCCCAAAGUCAUUGAGCAGCCCUUUCAAGAAGAAGCGACGCAAGGGCUCUUCUCUUAUGUCACCAGUAAAUAAAAACAAGGAAUCUAAGGAGUUGAGUGAUGAUGUGAUGUUGAAGAAGCUCUUAAAGGAAAAGACCAAAGAGAAGAAAAGGGUCAAUUUUAUUGCUGAUGAUGGAUGUCUAGAUGCAGAAGCAGAAAUGGAGAGACUCUGUAAAGUCAAAGACAGAUUAGAAUCUUUGAAGCAGAGAUUAGUACAGUUUCAAAAUGCCAAAGCUAAAAAUUCAGAUAAACCCACUUUUUACGGAGAGUCUGUGAUUUAUGUUCCAAUAGCAGAACUAAGGGAAAAGGCUUGAUCCUUUUUGAUAGGGCUUUUUUUUUUUUUUGUAUAGUUAUAUCCUUGUGUUCCAAAACAUGGAAAAUUCUGGGUUUUCCUGGAUGGCAAAUGUAUGUUUUUC